UAUCAUCAGCAUAGUGGGUCAGUGUCGCCGCCAUAUUGGACCGGGCAGCUCUUUGUCAGAAGACUGUUCUGGGGAAAAUAUGCCUGAUUCGUGUGCUGCUUGGGGCUGUAAAAACCGCCGCACAAUCCAAAGCAGAUACCGGGGAAUUACUUUUCACAAGUUUCCUAGGGAGAAAGCAUUAAGGAGGCAGUGGGAAUUAGCUACAAGAAGGAAAGGUUUUUCCGCCAGCGACUGCUCUGUGCUCUGCAGUGAGCACUUUAAGCCACAGGAUGUGGACAGGACUGGUCAAAUUGUCAGGAUUCGAGAAGGAGCUAAACCGUCUGUCUUCAAUUUCCCAGCUCAUCUACAAAGACCAGUGGCACCCAGGAAAACAAGAACAUCAAGGAAAGCUGAAGAGAGGCCGCCAGUGAACUGUUCUCAGCAGUUACAAGAGACUAAACCUCUGCCUAAUGUAGACCAUUCCUAUGCAUUGCCUGCAGAUCCUACUGAUCUAAAGGCCCGACUCAGUGAAGCCUUGGCUAGAGUGGAGAGUCUGGAGCGAGACAUGAGGAACGUGAAGAAACGAGAACAGAGGGCAAAGAACAUGGUGCUAGCUCUUCUAGAGGACCUGAAUGGAAAGAACUUCAUAAAUGACGAGUUGAAACACAAGCUCAAUUUCUACUCAGGGAAAAUGAAAAUAAAAAGUUGAACUGUAUGGCGGAUGAGUUCCAUGGAUGCCAAGCCUGGCGUUAAAAUGAUGUUAGAUAUGUUGAUAUGUAUAUUUCAUUUGUCUAUAGUUCCAGUGCAGUGGUUUGGUGGGAAAAGACUUUAGUCUUCAGUCUUGUGUGAUAUUAAUUUAUUUUGUGACAAUUUGUCAGCUGUAGCCUGGUCAUGUUUUUUUGUGUUUUUUAAAUAUUGUGCAUAAAGAAAUGGAUAAAUAUGAAAAAAUGUAUAUUGUAAUACAUUUUACAAUAAUAUUGUCUAAGAAGAAAUAUGUAAAGUGCGCAGUAAAUUUAACUUUUUUUAUUAAAAAAAAAAAAUUGUUUUUCUGACUGCAUUAUUGUAAUACAGUUAGCAUUAAACUUAAAUUCAGGAACUGUUGUGGUAACUUUGAUUUUGAAAAAAUAAAUAAAUAGUGCCAUGGUU